AUGAGGGCUGCGCCAAACAGCACGGUCAUGACCGCCCUGCUGCUGAUCCUGACUCUAGUCGCCGUACUCGCGAAGCAAAACCGCAGCGACAAGCCAAAACAGCCCCCCCGACUUGACGAGACCAUCCCAUUCGUAUCCAACCUCUGGCAGUUCAUGACCAAUAAGCGGCUCUUCAUCACGCGCGCCAGAGCAGCCCUCGAAAUCCACCCCGUAAUCCGCUGCCGCCUCGGCCCCCUCGACCUCCACCUCCUCCGCGGCGGCAACGGCAACAACAACAACAUCAGCAACGGCAGCAACAACAGCAACAGCAACGGCAGCAACCACGGCCCACCACUCUUCCGCGCGACAUGCCACUCCGACCCCUGGACCCUGCGCAUCAUGCGCAGCGCGGGCUACACCCCGCGCGACCUGGCCAAGCUCGCGCGCGACGAUUCCGGCGCCGCCGCCACCCCGCGUCCCGGUGUCGCCGGCGGUGCCGGUGGUGCCGGUGGUCCCGACCGCAUCUGGCACGCGCUGCACCGGCUGUACGACAGCGCACUCGCCAGCGCGCGCGCAACCGACGCGUUCGCGGACCGGUUCCAGGCCGCGCUGCACGCGGAGCUUGUCGCCCCUUGCCCUGGUCCCGGUCCCGGCCACGGGGGGGAGGCGGGGGAGUGGACGGAGGGGGUGCGGAUAUUCGACACGCUGAAGCGCACCAUGACGGCGGCGGCGACGCAUGCGGCCCUGGGCCCGCUCAUGGCCGAGGUCAACCCGGGGUUUGUGGACGCGUUUUGGGCGUAUGAGUGCCAUGUGGAGGGGCUUGCGUUUGGGCUGCCGGAUUGGCUGAACCGGGAGGCGGUUCGGGCGCGCGCGCGGUUUAGUGAUAUGUGCAGGCGGUGGUAUGAGGUGGCGGAGCCGAGGUUUGAGUGGGAUGCGUCUGGGGAUGGGGCCGAGGAGUGGGAGCCGGUGUUUGGGUCGCGUCUGUCCAGUGGGUUGGCUCGUUGGGCGAGGAGGUUUGGGUUUGAGGCGGAUAGUAUGGGGCCGGUUUUUAUGUUGCUUCAUUUUGGCCUCCACGCCAACACCAUCCCCGUUUGUACUUGGGUCGUGAUGGAACUGCUCAAGGACCCGGAGCUAUUUCAGGCUGUCAGGGAAGAGAUCUCGCAGGCAGAGCUCGUCCGGGACGGUCCCGACGCCACCUUCAAGGGCUUUGACCACCGGAAACUGGGGUCCUUGCCGCUGCUGCAGUCCGUCUACACCGAAGUCCUGCGCUUGCAUGUGGGCGUGCUCAUCACGCGGACUUGUACGGCCCCUCUCACUGUCGGUGGGUACACGCUACCCAAGGGGUCCAUCUUGCAGGCACCGACCGAAGUCGGCCAUCUGAGCGAAGCCGUUUGGAGUACCCAGGAGCACCCUGCCUCCGAGUUCUGGGCCCACCGUCACGUCAAGGAGACAGAGACGCGCGAUGAGAUGACAGGUCAAGUAUCGAAACGACUCAAAUUCUCACUCGCAGGCCGGUCAGGUUCCUUUUUCCCGUUCGGCGGCGGAACUGGCAUGUGCCCUGGGCGUAACUUUGCGAAGCCAGAGGUGCUGCUCGCCGUGGCCAUGAUUGUCUCGAGCUUUGAAGUGGACGAUGUCACAUGGCUGAAGCCAGAUGGGUCCCUCUCGGACCGGGCCGCCCAGAACGAUGUGAACUAUGCAAACUCCGUGGCGGCAGCGCCUGACAGGGAGAUGAGGGUGAGAUGGAGGCGGGUGCGGUGA